UAAUUUGCAUUGAAGCUUUUCACUUUUGAUAGAUUUAUAAAACUCUGACUCUUUAAUUGUAAGAAAUAAACAGAGAUUAUUUAGCAAGUACAUAAAAAUGAGUGAAUUAGUUUGGGGCAUUAAAAACGGCGACAUAGACCAAGUUAAGGACAUCGUGGAGAAAAGUAAAAUUGACGUGAAUGCCUUAAUCGACGGUAGGGUUCCCUUGCAUUAUGCGGCAGAUUAUGGCCAAACAGCUGUUGUGAACUACUUAUUAGAUAAAGGAGCUGACCCCAAUAUGGUGGAUAAACAUGGAAUAUCUGUGAUACUCGCAGCUAUCUGGGAAGGACAUACUGAAUGUGUAAAAAUAUUAUUAAAACAUGGUGCAUCUAAAAAUGGACAAACACCAGAUGGUACGCCUUACAUUGAUGCAGCAGAAAAAGAAGAGAUCAAGGAUCUGCUAACAUAGAAUAUACUUUAUCAUUAAUUACUUUUAAGUUUAAAUUCGCUCACAUUCUAGUUUUUUAAAGCUACAAAGAAAUUAUUUGAAUGAAACAAAAUUUAAUCAUCAUGAAAUAUUUACAUGCAUUUAUUUAUAUUGCAAUUAUUUUUGUAUGCUCAAUGUGGAAAAAUAGCAUUAGUAUUGUGACUGCGUCCAUUAGAAGUAUUUUUUUUAUUACUAACAUAUAGUUAUUGAAGUCAUGUAAACUAACAAAAAGCUCUAAGAUAUCGAAAUGUAUUGAUAUUAAAUUGUAUAUUCCAUUUCAUUACAAUUUUAUAGAACUUAAAGAAAUUUUGUGAAGUUUUAUAUUUUACAUUUUAUUGUUUAUAAAGAUUUUUUAGACAUGGAAUUAAAUAUCAAAAUAUUAUUUUCUUCACUUAAAGAUUCUUUUUAUUUUCAUUGUUGUUGUUUUGAAUGAAAUGGAUUAUACAUGCAUGUAGCAUUUCACACUUUUAAAGGCCUAUAUUCUAUAUCUAGCAAAUAAAUUAUUUUACAUUACAGAGGUAGGCAACAUUUAAAAAGUAAUAUUAUUGCUAAAAUAAAACAUAUAAUAUAUA